AUGAUUGAAGUCGAUGUCUUUUGGAGCUUCUCUUUCGGAGCCGUCUUUGCCGCAUGCUCUGCUGGAUCGAUCUCCAAAAAUAUUGCCUUUCAAACUCCCUUCUGGUCCGCUCCUUCUUUUGUUUACACCCUCCUAUUCCUAUCCUUGAUCUUUGCUCCCUCUGGCCUCUACCUCCUCUGGGACAAUCCCGGCUGGGAAUCCAUGUUUGUCCUUGGUGAUAAGAACGAAAUCCAUGCAAUCUUGCCGACUCUCUUUGCAUUCACCAAUGUCCUGCUAGGCAUCAUUGGUUACUAUGUUACCUACUCUAAAAUAAGAUCUCUAACCUUGAAAAGAACUCAAUCAAAAGAAUCAUUGCCAAUGUCUUACCACAAAUAUUGGAUUCAUGCCUACACUUGCUUCUGUGCAAUCUUGGGUAUGGGCUAUAAUCGUUUUAUGUACCCAAGCGAUUAUGUUGCUUGGCGAGCUGGUCUCCAAUAUCCAUUGACGGAUUUCUUCACAUCCAGGAUACUCUUUACGCUUUUGAGUAUGGGUGUCAUCUUGCUUCCGGCUGUCUAUAUCCCAGUCUAUGUCUGGUUGAAGGGUACAUUGAUUAGGCCUGGCGACAAGUCCCGUCUCACCUUGACCUGUAUUUUCUAUAUACUCCAGGGUGUCUCUGUUGUUUCCACCUUGUUUGGUGCCUACAUCGUCAGGUACCACGAAAACGACCCUAAACAAACAUUUAUUCAGAACCUUUGGGCCUUGUUUGACAAUGGAAACAUCCUUAGCCGAGAUAGUAAAUGGUCGCCUUUGCUUGGCUUCUGGGUUGCAGAAACCGCUGUCAUGCUCCUCGUCUAUGUGCCCAUUCUCUUCGUUCCCUCUAUCCCCACUAUUGCUGCUACUCACAAGUCUCAAUAA